CUGAUUGUGUUUUUUCUUAACAGAACAGAACCAUGUUUAUCAGGAAGACGUUCCAACUGAGCCAGAAAGGUUCCUCAGUGUGGAUUCAAAGAAACCAGGGUUUCUGCAGAUUAAAGAGGAGCAGGAAGAAGUGAGCUCCCAGCAGUCCGAAGACGCUAAUGAACCCAAACCCUUUGUUUGUAAGACCUGUGGCAAAAAGUUCUCCAACAUGUUGCUGCUGCAAGACCACCGAGUCACGCACCAGAACGAGAAGCCUUACUCCUGUGAGUUGUGUACGCGGCGCUUCGCCCGGCAGUACAGUGCCUUCCGCCAUAUGAUUACGCACACCGGUGAGAAGCCCUUCUCCUGUAAGAUCUGCUGGGAAAAGUUCGGCUUGAAAAGUGACCUGGUGCGCCACCUGAGGCGCCACACGGGGGAGAAGCCCUUCUCCUGCCACAUCUGCAACAAGACCUUCAGACAGAGCAACACCCUGACCUGUCACGUCAGAACUCACACAGGGGAAAAGCCCUACCCCUGCAGCAUGUGUGGGAAGGGCUUCGUCACGAGGGCCGCUAUGAACAUCCACAUGAGGGUUCACACAGGAGAGAAGCCGUUUACCUGCAAAGUGUGUCACAAAACCUUCAGUCGAUGGAAUGGGCUAAGCUUCCACAUGAGGACACACACAGGGGAGAAGCCGUAUUCCUGCAAACUGUGUGGGAAAACCUUCAGACAAUCCAGCCACUUGCUGUCCCACAAGAAGCGCUGCCAGGAACAUCAAACUCAAGAGGAGCAGGAAGAAGUGAGCUCCCAGCAGUCUGAAGACUCUAAUGAACCCAAACCCUUUGUUUGUAAGACCUGUGGCAAAAAGUUCUCCAACAUGUUGCUGCUGCAAGACCACCGAGACACGCACCAGAACGAGAAGCCUUACUCCUGUGAGCUGUGUACGCGGCGCUUCACUUCGCAGUACAAUGCCUUCCGCCAUAUGAUUACGCACACCGGUGAAAAGCCCUUCUCCUGUAAGAUCUGCGGGGAAAAGUUCGGCUUGAACAGUAACCUGGUGCGCCACCUGAGGCGGCACACCGGUGAGAAGCCCUUCUCCUGCCACAUCUGCAACAAGACCUUCAGACAGAGCAACAACCUGACCUGUCACGUCAGAACUCACACAGGGGAAAAGCCCUACCCCUGCAGUGUGUGCGGGAAGGGCUUCAGCAGGAGGGGCGCUAUGAACAUCCACAUGAGGGUUCACACAGGAGAGAAGCCGUUUACCUGUAAGAUUUGCGGGGAAAAGUUCGGCUUGAACAGUCACCUGGUGCGCCACCUGAGGCAGCACACGGGGGAGAAGCCUUUCUCCUGCCACAUCUGCCACAAGCGCUUCAGCCGGAGCAACAACCUCACCUGUCACGUCAGAACUCACACAGGGGAAAAGCCCUACCCCUGCAGCGAGUGUGGGAAGGGCUUCGUCAGGAGGGCCGCUAUGAACAUCCACAUGAGGGUUCACACAGGAGAGAAGCCGUUUACCUGCAAAGUGUGUCACAAAACCUUCACUCAAGGGGGGGGGCUGAUCUACCACAUGAGGACGCACACGGAGAAGUCAUAUUCCUGCAAACUGUGUGGGAAAACCUUCAGACAAUCCAGCGACUUGCAGUGCCACAAGAAGCGCUGCCAAAGGGUCUGACCUGCAGAAUGAAAACAUCUGGUUUUCUGAUCCUGUGCUGAAUGAGUUAAACUAAACUGGACCUUAAAGCGGCUCUUCUGGGCCCAUUGAUACCAGGAAAACAUCGGACACUUCGUUAACCUACUGCAGGUGGCCCUACUAUCGGCGGCAACAGCGUUAGCAUAUUUAACGCUUGUCAUGUCAAAAAAUAAGCACAGGAGAAAAGAGGAGUGAACUUGUGUUGGGGGUUGGGCCUUCCUAUGAUUAAAACACCUGCACACCCAUGUGUGGCAGUUUUGACAGACAAAGGAAGAGACUGGCUCCUGGCAAGCAUGUUUAAGCUCAUGGUUUAAUCACCAGAUACACAACUGGUAAGAAGAAAAUAAAGUUAGCUAUUAUUAUUAUAUUGUUUAUUGAAAAAAAAAAGUUGAGGUUGAGUUAAAAGA